CAAAUCAGUGACUAACACCCCCCUCUCCCCCGCACUGACCAUGAGAUGUCCAUCUCUUCUCCCUAGUAAAUCUACCGUUGAUAGCAGUUUCAGUUCCGUAGGAAGUGUUCAGCAUGAGAUAUUCAUUUCACUGACUACAGUAAUGGCCUGAAAGUAACUUUUUCAGUCACUGAUAGGCAGAGAGGAAAAUCUGGCUUUGGCACGAGGCACUGGAGGUGGAUGCCCAGCCUGGAUUAAAGAAUGAAAACAGAUCCCACAACAUCAAAACUUUGUGCAGUUCCAAAGAUUCCUCUUCCUGGGCAGCCGCACAAAGAAGGUGGUGGAGGGCAGCAGGUGGGAUGGCAGCUGACAGGAAGGCGGAGAGAAGAGACUGGAGAUUGGGAGGCUGACGGUGGCUCUGGUGCCUCUGUCCCCAGACCCCUGAGGGAAACAAGAAGCAAGGUGGUCACAAUGAGGACCAAGGUGCCCUUCUUCCUCUUCCUGACUCUCCUGAGCAGCUCACAGGGAACAGGGCCAGGAAUGACUUUGCAGCUGAAGCUGAAGGAUUCCUUUCUAGCAAAUUUCUCCUAUGAUUCCAACUUCCUGGAAUUGCUCGAGAAGCUCUGCCUCCUCCUCCACCUCCCGCCAGGGACCAACGUCACCCUCCAUCAUGCGGGACCCCCGCUGCAUGUCAUCUGCAAAGUCUGAGAACACUUGAAACCUGUGUCCCCGCCUUGGCCCACCGGGGCACAAGAGGGACGCCCAACCCUGCUGAGUGGUGGUAGAUGUGCUGAAUUCAAUGACUUGUCUUUGUGGGUUCAUGAGCAGAAGGCCAGCAGGAAAACGGAAUUGGACACCAAAGUCUCUGACUCUCUCUCUUAUUAAGCAGAGGGAUUCUGGGAUGGACACCCUCUCCUUCAACACCAGUGUGAAAGGCCUAGAAAGAAUCUGGGGCAUUAACUGUCUGGGGACACACGCACCACACUCCCGCACGCAUGUGCGUGAACAUAACACUUCAAGCUGAGAUCUUCAUAACGCCUGGGAAUAAAGCAAAGAAGCCUGUAUGAAUUCUCACUUUGUUCCAGGCUCAAUGCUUUCCUAUUUUGAUGCUUGCAGCAAUUUUGAAUGUAGCAUAAUAGGUGUCAUUAUCCAAUUUUACAGUUGAGGACUGAGGCUUACCGAGAGUAAGUCACUCAUUCGAGGUCCAUUAGCAGCAGACAGGUCCAACACCAGACAAAUGCCUUGACUUAAGCAAGAUUUUCAUUUCGUCUCUCUUUGCUUCAGCUUUGGGGCUGGGAGCGCAGGAGCCCAGAGAGAAAUGUGGACAGAACAGUCUCCAGACGUGGGCCCCUGACCCAGGGCCCCACACAGGUC